AUGGCGGUCGGACGCGUAUCGUCGGCAGCCUCGCCGGCGCGCCAGUUCGGCCGACGCCACUCGGCAGCCUCGCCGGCAGCGGCCGCACGCCAGCUCGGCCGACGCCUAUCGACCGCACACGCGGAGCAAGCACGCCAGCCGAUCCAGGACGAGCCGCCGCUCCUCCGCCUCGACGCUGCUCGCCUCGCGUGGAGCCCGAGCAGCCGCGCCAGCCCGCCUCUGAACCUCUCCAUCCGCCCUGCCCGCGCUGGAGGCCACGUCCUGCUUGGAGCCAACGGUGCCGGCAAGACGCUCCUCACCGAGGCGCUGCUGGAGGACCCUUUGCAUCGGACGCUGCUGCGUGAGGGCUCGCUCACGUGCGCCGACGGCUGGGGCGCCCGCUCCGCCUCGCGAGUCUCCUUUGACGCCCACCAGCGGUUGCUCGCCGACGGAGGCUCGGUGUACCGCGCCCUCGGACACCUCGGGCCGGCGGCGCGCUACCUGGUGGUGCGGUUUGGCCUGCACCCGCUGCUGUACCGGCCGGUGCGCGCCAUCUCGACCGGCGAGAUCCGCAAGGUGCUCCUCGUCCGCGCGCUCGGCACGUCGCCGCGCUGCCUCGUUCUCGACAAUGCGUUCGACGGGCUGGACGUGGCGUCGCGCCAGUCGCUCUCCGAGCUGAUCUCGCAGAUGCUGCGCGGGUUUGGGCAGCUCCUCGUCCAAGGCGUCGACGCGCGCGCGACGGCGCACACGCAGGUGCUCCUGCUGACGCAGCGGGCGGAGGAGGUUGUGCCCGAGGUGGCGACCAUGUCCGCCUUCGACGGCGAGGGGCGGCUGGCCACGAGCGCGCGGGAGGGGCGGUCGGGCGCUGAGCUGCUCGCCGACGCGCUCGCCCCGGCGGCGCGCCUCCCCGCGCGUGCGCUGCCUUCGGAGGCGGAGGUGGCUGCGCUCUGGCGGGGAGGGCCGGGGGAGGAGGCCUCUGCGGCAGCCUCGAGAGGCGGGCCCGCCCUCGUCGAGGCGCGGUCGCUCCAGGUGCGGAGGGGCGAGCACACGAUCCUGAGGGGCCUCGACUGGCGCGUCGGCAGCGACGAGCACUGGCUGAUCGCGGGCGGCAACGGCGCGGGCAAGAGCACCCUCUCCCGGCUGCUGGCGCGCGCGGGCGCGGAGCCGGUCGCGGCGGGAGACUUUACCGUCCUCGGGAGGCGUGCGAGGGUGGAGGAGGCGGCCAGAGGGGACGGCGAGGAGGGGGGCGGAGGCGGCGGCGGCGGCGAGGACGUUGGCGGCGGCGGCGGCGGCGGCGGUGACGUCGCGGCGGCGCAGGGGGUCGGCUGGGUGUCGACGGAGGCGCACCUGAGCGUCGCCGGCUCGGAGCGGACGGCGGGCGAGAUGGUGGCGGAGGGCAGCGACGCCGAGGCGGCGCGGCGCGUGGCGAGCUGGCUCGGCGUUGACGACUUGCUCGACCGGCCCUUUCGGAUGCUCUCCCAGGGGGAGCAGAAGGUUGUGCUCGUCGCGGCCGCCUUGGCGCGCCGGCCCGCGCUGCUGGUGCUGGACGAGCCGUGCCAGGGCCUCGACCUGCUCCGGCGGCGGCGCGUGCUCGAGGUGGUGCAGCGCGUCUGCAGCGCGAGCCGCAUGCGGCUGCUCUACAUCACGCACCACUUCGAGGAGGUGCUGCCGUGCGUGACGCACGUGCUGCACCUCAAGGGCGGAGAGGCGACGUACCGCGGACCGAGGGAGGGGUACGACCCGAGCGCUUUUUGA